GUCACAUCAAGCCAGCUCAAUCCGCCGGCGUUCUACAAAAGAAGAUUUUCAUCUGGACGCUCCCGUACCGAAGACAAGGGCAAGACGUAUCGGCGAUCGCUCCCGCAAGGAGAGGGUGGAGAAUUUUGACAGCUGUCAUUGCGCACUUUCGUAUUUCUCCCGUCUCUCGUCUCGUUGCGACCGAAACAAAAAUCUUUAUUUUUAUCACACACGAUGAUGUUCCCGUAGAGUGUGACUGGGUUUGUGAGUGAAUAACGAUACGAAUAAACGACAGCAUGGCGAACGACGAGGUGUUAGGGCCGCGAAAGACGAUGUUCGUUUUAGUGAUUGUUGUGGGGUGUUUUGCAGUCCUAUGGCCCAGGAUUUUGUCUCCACUGAUCGUGGGCCACUCUCGGGAGCAGCUGAAACCGAACCAGUUUGACCGGGAGGCAGGAUGCUGCGAAGUGAUUUUUGAACCUGAGGUAGCAGUUCUUGAGCUUGUUAACGAGCUAUGCAGUUCAGCAAUAGGCAAAAUGACUCCGCAAGCUGCGAUAGAGUGCCGUAAGGCAGUCAAUGAUACGUGCGGAGUUGAUAUAGCCGCACUGGUAAAACAGAAGGAGAAUGUCGGGAAGACAAUGAAGAUGCUCGUUGAAACUAUGAAGAAUAGCAACAGUUCUUGUCUUAGAAAUAAUUUUGGUGUGCCGAUAUACAGUUUGAGUACACAUUUUGCAUCAAACUCGUGGAGUCUCCCGGACACCGUGAAGCAAGAACGACCACCAAUCCGCAUGGGUCCGCACCCGGCGAUGCGCGAGCGGGGUCGAGCUAUACCACCUGGAGCACCACCACCAUCGAAACCGGUGGCGCUGCCACCACACCUCAGGGUACGGUCACCACUAAACGUCUACUAUGAACUCGAUAUUAAGCCUCCGCCGAUCCCGGGGAUGAGGCCACCGCUGGGCUCACCUGGAGGUCCAGUACCAGCGCCGAAGUCUUCCAUGGGUUUCGUCAUGCCAAUCUACACGAUAUGCAUCAUAGUAUUCUUCGUUUACACUUUAAGCAAGAUUCUGUUCAAGCGCACCGGUUCACCGUACGAGCCCGUGCCUCCUGAUCCGCAUUUCAGAAGACGCGUCUUCCGCGACGAUUCUAGAAACACGCCAGACAAACUUGGACAUAAAGAGACAGAUACGAAGGACGCAGAGUUGGCGGCUCUGAAAGCGCGGCUCGCUGAGACCGAACGAGCGAUGCAGAGGAUCGUUAGCCAGCUAGCCCAGCGAGACGCGGAUGCGCUGGAUAACACUCGUCCAUAUACUAAUGGUAGUAUCGUGUUAAACUCUGGCCCAGUCCAUAUAAUCACUAGCGAACAUCAGGAGUCGAAAGAGAAGACUCCAGAACCCCAAAAGCCAAAAGAACCUUCGCCAGAACCGAAAGAGUCUGAUGUAGUUACUAAUGAUUAUACAGAAAAAGAUAUCGAAUAUCCUGACCAUAACAAAGUAAAAAGAGAUUUAGAAAUUGCUGAAAACUUAGACAAAGGUGAUGUUAUUGAAUCCAAAGAAAAACUAAACGAACAUGUAGAACUUGAACAGAAAUCUGAAGCAAUUUUGGAUGUUGCCGAUACAAAAGUAACAGAAGACGAAAAAGAAAAUGACAUAGAUUUAAGUUCGGAAAACAGGGAAAUAGACGAUAAGCCAAUCUUAGGAAAAGAAUCAGAAGAUUUAAUCGCUGAAGAAAAGAAGCUAUCUGAGAGCGAGGCAAAACCGAAGGAAUCCACACCAGAGCUGCUAGAAGAAGCGCUAAAAGAGGAAUCUCCUACGCCAGAAGAAAUAAUUGAAGCCGAAAAUGAAAGUUCCAGAGUUAAGGUGGUAGGUAUGGAGAUGACCGCGGAUGGGGGCGUUUGGCCCAUCGCCCCGCCCACCACGCCCGCGCCGCAUAGACCGCAUGAGGCAGACGAGGUGAAGUCCAUUUUCCUGCCGACGGAGAUCCCUCAUCAGUCGCGAGUGCUGGUGUCCGACUUCGCAGAGGACAGGGCCGAGAGCCCCAAGCCGGCUAACAACGCGCCGUUGGUGGUUAGCGGUAAAAUGACUUUGUCGCUCAUCCAAGACGCGCCACGGGAGACUCCAGAGAGAGAUCCGGAAUCAACGGUAGACGAUUUUACAACUGCAAGCGCCUUCACUCAACAACAAGCUCUUGAGAAAGAAGAUGACCUCUCCGAUGAGGAAAUUGAAGAAGUGGAAGAAAUAGAGGAAAUUGAAGUGGAAGAGAUUGAGGAAGAAGUGGAAGUUGAAGAGAUAGAGGAGGAAGUUGAAGAAGAAGAAGAAGAAUAAUGUAACCAUUUUGCCUAUCCAGAACCUCUCUGGCCGAUAAAUAGACAAAAAAUCUUAGGGCCUGUAGGCCUACUACAAAACCAUUUUGAGACUCAAACAAUCGAAUGAGAA